UCAGGCCACUCACAGUUUUAAAGCAUAGUUUAUUCGGCCAAGUAUACCAGCAACUACAUUUAACUUGCUGAUGGGCAAUUAUUAACAUUAGAGAGGAGUCCUGUAAGAGGAGUUCACAUUGAAGAAAGCAACUGUGUUCAGGUCAAGGAAGUAACAACUAAGAUGACACCUUUGAUGUUUAAAGAUGCUUUCUGGGGGUCUGAUUUCACUUGUCAUGCCGGGUAUGACGCUGUGAUCCAAAGGUUACGAGAUGGAAGGCAAAUGUGCAAAGAUGUGGAGGACCUUUUUAAGAUGAGGGCUCUAGCAGAGGAGAAGUAUGGGAAGGAAUUGGUGACUAUUGCUCGCAAAGCUGGAGGACACACAGAGAUCAGCACCUUGAGAGCAUCCUUUGAACUAUUAAAAUCACAAAUCGAAAACAUCGGUAACUUUCACAUCCAACUAUCUGAUAUAUUGAAAGAGGAGGUGAAAAAGAUUGAGACAUUCAGAGAACGGCAGAAAGAGCAGAGGAAGAAGUUUCAAAGCAUCAUGGAGAAGGUUCAGAAGAAAAAGGUUUCUUUGUACAAGAGGACCAUGGAGUCUAAGAAGACCUACGAGCUGAGAUGCAGGGAAGCGGAUGAGGCAGAACAGGGAGUUGAGAAGACAAAUGCUACACCCAAAAACUCAGAAAAGGUACGCACUAGAGCCAAGCAAUGCAGACAGGCAGCCAAUGAAGCAGAGAAGCUGUACUCCACUAACAUUGUUCAGUUAGAAAGUGUUCGUCAGGACUGGGAAGAAACACACAAAAGCACCUGUGAGGUGUUCCAGCAGCUGGAGGGAGAUCGCAUCAGCAUGCUUAGGUGUGCUCUUUGGGACCACUGCAAUCAUUUCUCCAUGCAAUGUGUCAAAGAUGAUGAGUUAAACGAGGAGGUGAGGAAGCUACUGGAACAAUGUGACAUCACCACAGACAACAAUUACUUCAUAGGGAUGAAAAGCACCGGAUCAAGGCCUCCAGAGCCAAUAUUGUUUGAGAGCUACUACAAGACGGACAUGUCCAGGGACCACAAUGGCCAAGCUCAUUUCUCAGGAGGAGGAGAGAUGAUGAUGAGGUGCUCGGAUCCCCUUCUUACAAGUCCUGUAAGCAUCUGUGUGGACAGUCUUCACAACUCACAAUCAGUGCUGACACCUUUUGCUGACAUUUCAGAUGAAGGGUAUGCUCCCCUACCAGGCCUCCAGCGUGCAGCAUCAUCAGCCACAGUUUCAGCAGAUGAAGACAUCUACAUCGUACUAUAUGAAUAUGCUGCACAGGAAGGGGAUGAGUUGUCUGUCAGUAGAGGGGACAUGGUCCAAGUGUUGGAACGAGGAGAUGAUGGCUGGUGGACAGUGGAGAGGAACGGGAUGACUGGACUGGUGCCAGGAAACUAUCUGGGCCAAUUCUGAAUAAUAGACCAUAGGAAAUCUUAAUACAGACAAAAAAACAAGAAAUACAGAUACAUAUAAACAGAGGAAUGACGCGCACCAGGGUUGCAACUAACGAUUAUUCUUAUUAUCAAUAAUCUUAUAUUUUCUCGAUUGAUUCGUUGAUGUUAAAAAAUCAUGUAAAAUGCAGCGUAACUUUCUUGAGCCCAAAGAUGAUGUCUUUAAACUGUAUUUUUUAUCCAACCAACAGACCAAAAGUCCAAAGCUACUAGCAUUUAUUAUCAUGUAUGACCAAGAUACACAUCACCUUCUCACAUGUGGGAGGCAACCAACAAGUGGCAAAUAUCAGCUAUUCAAUGAUCAAAAAAGGUUCAGCUGAAUUUUCUCUCCAUUAACUGAGUAAUCAACCAGUUAUCACAGUUCUACAACACAUACUAAGUUACACCCCAAAACAUAUGCUGAGAAAUACAUGCAAGUGUGCAUCAUAUGUCAAGCUUGCACAGGCACAUGAAUAAACAUAAACACAAACCACUUCACCCAUUCGUUCAUAUGCAACACAUUCACAUUUUUGAUCCUUCAAAGAUGUGAGAUAAUGCCCAAACAUGUAACUUGAUUUCUGAACAUGACUUGAAAAGCUGGCAUCCUUAGGUAGGCAGAGGCUAAUUGAGCAAAUUACUCCUUGCUUCUUAACACAGUAAAGUUUUCUCAAAUGAUAUCCAAACUGAGACUAUUAUUUAUUAAUGAUUACCUUGUCAUAAAAAUAUAUUAGGCUACAUUGCUGCUGUUACCUAAUGUACUGCACAGCUGGAAAACUCCUGAUGCUCUCUCAUGCUGUGCAGCACACUUUCAUCGGACAGAAGAAAGAAACUAUCUGGUGCUGAAAUUUUCGAUGGAUAACUGAAACAUUUAGUAUGUUUUAGAAUGGCUUCCAGUGUCAUUGCUCUGACAGUAUGGCACAUUUCCAGCGUGAAUCUAAAGCAAGCAAAAACAAGUUUCAGAAAAUGUAGGCCCAGCUGUUUGGUUUAGCACAAUUUGAUGUUGUAAUCCAUAAGUUAGCAUUAAAUGAAGUCAAGCGCGUAUGGCGUUAGCGGCAGAGUUUUGAGGUGGAAAAUGGUGUAGCAUGUUGAAACAGCUACUUUGGACGGAUGCAAAGCAUGAUAAUUACACACUUACAUUUUGACAUAUUGUGGUAUUUCAACUUCCCCACACAGCUCGACACAGGCAGCCUUUUAACCCGGCAGGGCACGUACCUGUUUUCCUCAAGUCCCAGUUUGCGUUGUCCGUUGCAGUAGCGAUGUUUGCGCUGUUAAACUCGCCCAACUUUACAGCAUUGUCCUGCUGCUUUCACGUCUCAUAAUCCUCUGAGAAAUAUGUUGGAGAUCCUUAAAACCUUUUAGUGUCUCCGAAUAACACACACGGGAAACAAAAACAACAAAAAAAAAAAACGACGUCUUCUCUGGCUAGCUUAUAGGCUAGUUCCUCCACAACGACCCUGUAAAUUAAAUCUUGGUUUGGUGUAAACAAAGUCCCGUGGCUGGAGAGCACCGAGGAGUUUAAUGCCAAGUUUUUCUUCAAAAGACAGAAUGCCAUAUGUGUGCUGCAGAUAAUCCUCAUCAUUCAUGGUAUGAAUUAUUUUGAAGACAUAAAAUCUUUUGCAAACUACGAGGCAGCGGGGCAGCAGGUAAUCAGCCCCACCUGGCAUCAAAUGCGUGCCAUUCGUUCUAAUUGGCAGGCUUUGCGCAUGCGCAUUGUGGUUUUCCUACAUGGGGUAUUUCCAUUUAAACACCUAUGGUCAUGACAGGUGACACUGCGAGACAGCUGAGCUCUAUAGUGGUCUCUGGAGCCUAGCGCAUUUAAAACACACUCUAGAAACUUCGAGCUAUUAUCCAUAGACUGAGUCUAAAUUGUAGUAAUAACAAAUUUAAAAAACAGAUAGAGAAUUAGAUUGAUUUUAAAUUCCUGAGUACCACUUCGGUUUUUCUGCUGCCAGCAGGCGGUGCUUUGCAUCUCAUUUGUUUUUGUUUCUUAGGUUCAGCAUGUACAAUUACUUCUUCUUUGUAUGUUUGUGAGCUGAGGAAGAUACCAGUAAUUAUAUGUCUGCUGCACAUUAAGAAUUUUCUGUGGCCACUGGGUAGACCUUCAGCUGCUUAGAGAGGCCUACUGCUGUAUGGUGGUAGCAGCUGAUGAAGAUCAAAAUACAAAAAUUACCUUUAUAUAAGAAAAUAUUUUUUCACAUCUGUCAAAUGAUGUCAUAGCUACUUGUUUAAAAAUGUUUUUAAAAAUUAAUAUAUAUUUUCAUGUCACUGAUGAACUAUCAAAUCCUUGCCUGUUAGUAUGGAUUAACUGGUAACAUGUUCACUUUCAUGUAAGAGCAUGUGGAUAAAAUGGAAAUUAAACAAGUCCAGUUGAAA